AGGGCGCUAUAGCAUGUCCCGAGGCCUGUCAUCAACAUGGCGAGCGUACUGCUGCAGUUUUCUUCCGGAAACAGCGUUUCUGACCCGAAUGCUCGGUCAGUUUUAAUUCUUGGUCAGUUACCACACCUCAAGUCAAUUGAUUUUGAACCUGUAAGGACCAAGUUGGAGCCCAGGGUGAAUGCAGAGACAUUCAAAGCUGCUGUUGAGAGCCUGCGUCCGUCACCGACUGAUUCUGUACCUCUCUGGGUGAACAAUGCCACGGUGGCUGCCCUGCCGCUCAAGGCUAGCCGACACAAUGCCCCAUCACGAGCCCAUGCCGUCACCAAACUUGUCAAGAGCUACCUGCCUGGUCUGAGCAAGGAGUGCAUAGUGGUUGUAUGUGAGCGUAGCACUGUGUUUGCAUCUGGGUGCGCCAUUGCCAGGGCCUUCCCCAUUUUCUCGCGCAAGGCCGGCUACAAGUCGGCCGGCCCUCGCGUGGUGACCGUCGAGUUCAUCCUUGUCGGGGAGAACAGGGACAAGGGAUUGACUGAGGAGGACAUCAAGACCCUGGCAGUGACUGCCGAUGCUGUCAGGCAUGCAGCGCGCAUCGUAGACACGCCAUGCAAUGAAAUGAAUACUGAUCACUUCCUACGGGAGGUGCAGAGGGUCGGGGGAGAGCUGGGGAUCGAACCACUCAUCAUACGGGGCGAGGAGUUACAGAAACGAGGCUUUGGAGGUAUCUAUGGUGUGGGUAAGGCUGCAGCCAAUCCACCAGCCAUGGCUGUGCUGAGUCACAAACCAGACUCAGCAACGCAGACUAUCGCUUGGGUCGGGAAAGGCAUCGUCUACGACACUGGAGGCCUGUCAAUCAAAGGCAAGACGGCAAUGCCAGGGAUGAAGAGAGAUUGUGGAGGUGCAGCUGGGGUGCUGGGAGCAUUUGCAUCUGCCGUCAAAAUGGGUUUUAAGGAGAAUCUCCAUGCCAUAUUCUGUCUGGCUGAGAAUUCCGUGGGCCCCCUUUCAGCACGGCCUGAUGACAUCCAUAUUCUGUACUCGGGCAGGUCAGUUGAAAUCAAUAACACGGAUGCAGAAGGACGCUUAGUUCUUGGUGAUGGGGUAGCGUAUGCAGCGAAAGAUCUCAAGGCAGAUAUCAUACUGGAUAUGGCCACACUGACCGGUGCCCAAGGCAUAUCAACGGGGAAAUACCACGCUGGACUGCUGACCAAUAGCGAAGAGUGGGAGGAGGCUGCUGCCAAAGCUGGGAGGAGCAGUGGGGAUCUGGUGUUUCCUCUUGUGUACUGCCCAGAGCUUCACUUCUGUGAGUUUGGCAGUGUUGUCGCCGACAUGAAAAACUCGGUCAUGCAGGAUCGUGGCAAUGCACAGAGUUCUUGUGCGGGAUUGUUCAUCGGAUCUCACAUUGGAUUUGAUUAUCCAGGCACUUGGAUCCACGUUGACAUGGCUGCCCCCUCGCACAGUGGAGAGAGAGCGACAGGCUUCGGAGUGGCCCUCUUGGUUGCACUCUUCGGCCGUGCUUCCCACUCCGCCCUUCUCCAGUCGGUCUCGCCGCUGGGCCAGAAGCUGUCCAACGAAGAUGAGCUGGUGGAGAACGCAAGCAAGAAGAUACGACUCGUGUAGACAACAAAAUGUCACAAAAAA